GCGCGCCGGGCAUCGGCAUCUCUCGCAGCCGACAACCGCUACGCGUUACAAGUGCCAACCGUCUGUCUUCUUUUUUCCCUCUCUGUCUCUCUCUGUCUCCUCUGUUGUGUACACCCGAAAAUGGUGCAGAUCGUAGGAAGAUACCAAUACGUCUCGAACGAGAACUUCGACGAGUUCGUGAAGGCGCUGGGCCAACAGGAAUUGGCCGCGCCGUUGCUCGCCUCGAAACCUAUCAUCGAGAUCACGCAGAACGGCGACCAGUGGACCGUUGUCGUCACGUCCGACGAAAGGAGCAGCACCACCACGUUUAAGCUGAACGAACCGUACGAGGAGAAGCUGCCUUCUUUCGAACGCAAGUUCCCGAGCAUCGCAACCAAGGAGGGCGAAAAGUUGAGGGUAGAAACAACUGUAAUCGAUGAUAUGAAGAUCAUCCGUGUCUACGAAUUCACGGAGACCGGAAUGCAAGUGCACGUGUCCGCCACCUCGGUCGACGUCAAGGCAGUACGUACAUACAAGAGACUCUAAAUAAAAUCGAAUAUUUAGAUAAAUAAAUAAUAUCACUCUUCCAUAUGAAUUGAGAAUAAAAUUUUUUUACGA